AUGUCGCCCCGCGGAUGCCACAACGACUGCGUGGUGCGGCCCCUGUCGCACGCGCUCCGGGCCCUCGGCGCCUCCGUGGGCGCCCACCCGUGGCCCUUCCUGCUGCUGCCCUUGGCGCUCUCGGGCGUCCUGGGCGCCGGCUUCAUGUUUCUCCUCAGCCGUGAGGCCAAUGACCUGGAGGGCCAGUACACGCCCGUCGGGGGGCCCGCCAAGGGCGAGCGGCGCUUCGUCCAGGCGCGUUUCCCGACGGACGACGCCAAGCGCUUCUCCGCGGAGAGGCUGAGCACCAGGGGCACCUUCGCUUCCUUCAUAGCCGUGGCCUCUGGAGACAGGAGCUCGCUCCUCACCAAGGCAGCAUUCGCCGAGCUGCUGGCGCUGGACGCGGCGGUGCGGGGCCUCACUGCUACCGGGCCCAACGCCACCGAGCUCUCGUACGACAAGCUUUGCGCGCGCAACGACGGCACUUGCUGGAGCCCCAACCCGCUUUUCCUCCUCUUGCAGGGCGACCCCGCACGAAUAGAGGCGCUGCUCCCUACCCUCACUUUCCCGCUCUUCCAAGACCGCGUCUUCCUGGGCUUCUUCCUAGGGGGCGUCACGCUGGGGCCUGGAGCUGGGCCGAAGCGCCCCGUCCGGGCCGCCAAAGCGAUGCGCCUCAUCUAUUUCUUGCAGGAGGAUGAAGCGUCGCAAGGAGAGGCCAGCGCGCUCUGGCUGCACGCCUUUCUGGAGCGCAUCCCGGGCAUGUUGGAGUCCUUGAACCUCACGUCGGUCCGGGUGGCCUAUUUUACCUCACUGUCCAGACAGAAAGAAUUUGAAAAAAUUUCUAAGGAUGUGAUCCCAUUGAUGUCUGUCACAUAUUUUUUAACAAUAUUCUUUUCAAUUAUAUCAUGUUCAAGGCUAGAUUGUGUACGGACAAAAGUGUGGGUUGCAGCUUUUGGGAUUCUGUCUUCAGCCUUAGCAGUUGUCGGCAGCUUUGGAUUGUUGCUGUUUUGUGGCGUACCAUUUGCUAUCACAGCUGCAAAUUCACCAUUUCUUAUACUUGGGGUUGGUCUGGAUGACAUGUUCAUCUUGGUGUCCUGCUGGGAACAGACAAAAGUAAAGAACAGAAUCAGAGAUCGAAUGGCUGAAACCUAUUCAAAGACUUUUGUCUCAGUAACCAUCACAACUUUUACAGAUGUUUUAGCCUUCUACAUCGGAACUGUAACUUCCUUCCCAUCAAUUCAGUCAUUUUGCAUCUAUACAGGAACAGCCUUCACCUUCUGCUACAUAUACAACCUGACGUUCCUUGGGGCUGUUCUUGCUCUGAAUGGCCAAAGAGAAGAAAGCAACAGACAUUGGCUCACCUUCAUGAAAGUGCCGGAUGUGCCUCAGGAUUCUCAAGGUUGCCUGUUUAAUAUAUGCUGUGUAGGAGGAUCUUACGAUAAGUCCACUGGAGCAGAGACUGAACAUCCCAUGAACGGAUUUUUUAGAGAGCGUUAUGGUCCUUUCCUUAUGCAUAGCUGGACCAAGGUGAUAGUGGUGAUACUGUAUCUUGUUUACCUGGGCAGUAGCAUUUAUGGAUGCACACAAGUUAAAGAAGGUAUAGAUGUUCGCAAUCUAGCUAGUGAUAAUUCUUACGUCAUUCAGUAUUACGAUUGGGAAGAUGAAUAUUUUUCCAAGGGAUAUGGUCCAAGGGUUAUGGUUGUUAUUACUGAAAGCAUAGCAUAUUGGAAUUCAUCUGUUCGUGCAGAUCUUGAGAACUGCAUGGAGUCAUUAGAAAACUCUUCUUAUGUGGACAAAAAAUACUCAGUGUCAUGGUUGAGAAUUUAUGAAACUUUUGCUGAACACAUGUCUCUAAAUAUAGAUGACCGUCAUGUAUUCAUUGGAAAUCUUCCUUCCCUAUUUAAAGUAAAUCCAGAGUUAGAGUGGAAUGUUAAUUUUAGCAUUACAGAAAUAUCAGCCUCACGUUUUUUCAUACAGACAGUCAAUGUUACUAGUUCAGUAGAUAAGAAAAAUCUCUUAAAGCAACUGAGAGGCCUUGCUAAAAACUGCAAAAUACCACUAAUGGUUUAUCAUCCAUCUUUUAUAUACUUUGAUCAGUUUCUUGUAAUAGUAAAGCAUACCAUUCACAAGCUUGUGGUUGCCACUGGAGCUAUGCUACUUAUUUCCUUGCUGCUCAUUCCCAAUCCUCUCUGCUCUUUGUGGCUAACUUUUGCUAUUGCAUCUGUUAUUGUUGGUGUGACUGGUUUCAUGGCUCAUUGGGACGUCAAUCUUGACUCCAUAUCCAUGAUCAACCUUAUUAUUUGUAUAGGAUUUUCAGUAGAUUUCUCUGCUCAUAUUUCGUAUGCCAUUGUUUCCAGUGAGGAAUCUAAAGUGAACAAGAAGGCAAUGGAAGGUCUGUACCAUCUUGGUUAUCCUAUUGUGCAGGCAGCUGUCUCCACCCUUUUGGGAGUCUUUGUGUUGUCAAUGUCAUCCACGUACAUCUUUAGAACUUUUUUUAAGAUAAUGUCCCUUGUGAUCCUGUUUGGGGCAGCUCAUGGUCUCAUUUUUAUUCCCGUAUUUUUAACAUUUUUUGGCUUUUGUGGUGCAUGGUCGAACAGAUUGCACCAAAGCAGUCUCCACUGCUUAGAAAAGUCACCCAGUAUUGAAGGAGCUCAGGAUAACAUCCAGUGA